AUGGUGAAGUCUUUUUAUUAUUUCCUACCUUUCUUGUUUUUCUUUCAGGGAACAGCCAGCCACUGUCGAAUCCAGACGCCCCACGCUGUAUAUACCUUUGUUGUUUAUCUUUCAGGGAACAGCCAGCCACUGUCGAGUCCAGACGCCCCGCUACCUCCUCUUACUAACCAACCACCCCCGGAGUUUUGGUGCACAAUCUCCUACUUCGAGUUAGAUCAGCAAGUCGGAGAAACAUUUAAAGUCCCGUACAGCUGUAGUACGGUCACAGUUGACGGUUAUACCGAUCCGUCGAGUCUCGACAGAUUUUGUCUCGGACAACUUUCAAAUGUCCAUAGAUCUGAAGCCAGUGAAAGAGCCAGGCUACAUAUAGGGAAGGGAGUACAGCUGGACUAUCGGGGCGAGGGUGAUGUAUGGAUCCGGUGUGUUAGCGACCACAGUGUGUUCGUACAGAGCUAUUACCUCGACAGUGAGGCAGGGAGAGCCCCUGGGGACGCUGUUCAUAAGAUAUACCCUAGCGCUUACAUCAAAGUAUUCGACAUUCGUCAGUGUCAUCGCCAAAUGCAACAACAGGCCGCUACAGCCCAGGCAGCGGCUGCGGCUCAAGCUGCGGCAGUCGCUGGAACCGUCCCCGGUCCAGCGUCCGUGGGUGGAAUAGCCCCGGCAGUUGGCCUGAGUGCGGCUGCAGGUAUCGGUGUGGAUGAUCUACGGCGACUCUGUAUUCUACGUCUCAGUUUUGUGAAGGGCUGGGGACCAGACUAUCCCAGACACAGUAUAAAAGAAACACCUUGCUGGAUCGAGGUGCAACUCCACAGACCUCUACAAUUGUUGGAUGAAGUUCUACAGGCCAUGCCUCUGAAUGAGUCUCGCGUUAACAGAGGCUACUUCUUGGGUUGAAACAGUUGCUAAACAGGCAUAUAUGUAGCGGGUUCAUUGGUGUUAAACUGAACCCAGAACAUUUGUACCUUUAAGGAUCUGCGACUUUAUAGUGAAUACCGUGGGAAUAGAGGAUACUUCUUGGGUUUAAACUUCACUCACCCUAUACAUAAGAAGUGUUCAUUACAAGUAUCAGUUAGCAUGGUAAACACUUUGUCUGAUUAAAACAUUCUUUAGAUAAAGCAAGGAAAAAUUAAGGAGAGUCUUACAAGCCAUGACAUUGAAUGAUUUACCUGUGAAAUGAGGCUUAUUCCUCGGUUAAAACUGUGCGUCGUUACAGAGAUACAAUGUUAUAAUUCAGAAAAAAGGCUGGUCUUUUAGUGUUGCUACCAGAUAUAUUCUGUUUUUUUCUUUUUAUUUCUCAUCAAAUCACGCCCAGAACACUUCAGGCUAUGAUGAGGAUUUCAACUUGUUUUAUCAUACUGCGGACUGUAUAAAUAAUUGUAACUUUUCAGUGUUUUGAUUGGACGGUAUAAAUAACUGGCCUAUAGACAGAACGGAAUCACUGGGGCAUAUCUAAGGACAAGAAUAAUAUUGAAAACUACCCCUGAACAUCACUGAGCAUACCAUGUCUGGUAUUCGAUAUUGGUCUUAAUUGAAUCUAAGUACGAUGUAGCUAAUCGGAUUACUUGUUAAUAAUUGACCAAUAAAGUGAAUGAAGUCAAUGAUGUAUGACCAUAAGAUUGACUUAAGUUAAAUAUUGAAAACCACACCUGGUGAAUACUUCCUCGUUGGAAACUGUUGCCACAUGGAUAAUUAAAUAACUAAGUGUGUUCUUUUUGUGUAAAAGGCCUUGCCUCUAAAUAAAUCCAGUGAGUUUAGUUUACCGUCUGGGUUUAAAUGUUGUAUAUUAGUUGAUACAAUUAAUCAAUAGUUCAGAACUUUGUUAAAGUUAACGAGGUUGUUAAAGUCAUUGGUGUUAAUUUUUUUAACAUAUAAGAGCUUUGUUGAAUAUGUUUGAUACUUAGGCUUAAAAAAAAA